AUGCCCUCUUCGACGCCCAACAGCUUGCCUCUGGCAUCCUCCUUGCCACGCGUCUCCUUUCGCAAAGUCCCAGCAUCGGAAGCUCUCGCAUAUCGCAACGAUGGCACACACUUGAGCGGUGCCGUUGCGCCCAAUGAGAGCGCUUCCAGCUCCAUUGCCACGCCGUCUGCCAUGGCGCACGUGUCCGUGAUGGAUGCGCACUACAUCGCCUACGGCUACAACGACGGCACCCCCUUUGAGAAGCCGGAGCACUACCUGCGACACGUCGAGCCUCUGGAGAUGGAAAGGAAUAGACAGGUCGAGUACGAUAUGGACGAGCAGGACAAGGAGUGGUUGGAUGCUCUGAAUCAGGAUAGACGCAAGGAUCAGUUGGAUCAGAUCUCCUACGAGUCGUUCGAGAUCAUCAUUGAUCGGUUCGAAAAGGAAUGGUUCGACCUGAUCAAGCGCGUGCCUUCCCAUCGGCGGGAUGGUCGAGAAGGAGCAGCGGAUGGUAAGGAUGAAGGAUCUGAUGGGGAAGAUACAGAGUGCGCCAUAUGCUCGGACGCAGAGUGCGAGAACAGCAACGCCAUCGUCUUCUGCGACGGCUGCAACCUGGCAGUCCAUCAAGAUUGCUACGGCAUUCCUUAUAUCCCCGAAGGUCAGUGGUUGUGCAGGAAGUGCACAGUCUCGCCCGAUAGAGCAGUGUCGUGCGUGCUAUGCCCAAACGAGGGCGGCGCUUUCAAACAGACGACUCAGGGCAAAUGGGCACAUUUGCUUUGUGCGGUUUGGAUUCCCGAGACGGGCGUCAGCAAUCCGGUGUACAUGGAGCCGAUCGACUCGGUAGAGCGCAUCCCAAAAGCGAGAUGGAAGCUGCAAUGCUACCUAUGCCAACACCGGACAGGCGCGUGCAUUCAGUGCGACAACAAGCAUUGCUUCACGGCGUUUCACGUCACAUGCGCACGCAAAGCUCAAUUGCUGGUCCGAUCGCAGAGGCAAAGAGCCACGCACCACUCUCACAAUGGAGCGGCAGGAGCUGGAUCAGAUUCGGAAGAGGAAGAAUCAAACGAGGUCUUGAAAGCUUAUUGCCACAAGCAUUUGCCGGGAAAGAUCAGGCUGGCCAAGGCUAGCGAGGCUAGGAUCAAGGAGAUUGCUGCAAACGAGCAGGAGGGGUUGACUUCUGCGCGAGCGCAAGGCUUGUCCAGCGCCGUAGAAGCGCCUGAUCAGACAAAGAAGAGAAGCAUCAAGCUCGUCGUUCGAUCGGGCGCAGACGGUUCUCGUCCAUCCGGUGGUGCUGGCGCAUCGACCUUGUCCAAAGAAGCUCGUGCAUACAAAAAGACCUACCGAUCGGGUCCUCCACUAGUCCCAGCCUACAUCGUUACGCGCGUGAUGGAGUACAUUUCAAAGAUUUCGUUGAGAAAAAAGCUGGAAUUGGUGCAGAGGAUAGCUAGGUUUUGGAGCUUGAAGAGGGAAGCUAGAAGAGGCGCUCCGCUGCUCAAACGAUUGCACUUGGAGCCUUGGACGGCUAGCAAGGAUGGAAAAGAGCAAACGGAUGCGCAGCGCGUCAAAAAGCUCGAGUUCCUCUUUCGACUUCGUGAAGAUCUGGAGAAGAUCAGAAUGCUCGCUGAGCUGGUCAGAAAGAGGGAAAAGGAAAAGUUGAGAGGCGUGCAGCUUUUGAGAGACUCUUUGGUUAAUGGUGUUCUCCUGCCCUAUCUCGGUGUUCUUCGAAAGAUACUAGAGAGGGUUUCAAGCCUUGAUCGAGCAGGCUUCUUCAGCAGACCAGUCUCUGCCAUCGACGUGCCUGACUAUCACACGGUGAUCCAAAGCCCAAUGGAUUGGUCCACCAUCUCUCAAAAGCUGGAAGAACUUCACUACGCCACUGCGCUCGAGUUCAAGCAGGACAUUCUGCUCGUGCUCAAUAAUGCCAUGCACUACAACAAGCCGGAAACGGCUUUCCAUCGCUCUGCACUGCGUAUACUCAAGGCGUGCCAGGAUGAGAAGGGUGGAAUCUUUUUAGAACUAGAUCGGCUAGCAAAGGUGCACUUA